GACUCGACACGACUCGACACGGUAGCAGCGCGGGUGCUUUUCCACCGCAAAUAGUACCUCCGGGACGUGGGCGGGGUCGGCUGCGCGAAAGGGCCGUGACGUAUUUUUGUACGCGACGCAAACAAGACCUACCCAACCCACGCGUGGACAGAACCCCCAUAACAACAAUGGAGGACAUCGAAGCAAUGGUAUUCGUGCUGCUCGGUGUGGUGCUUUUUGUAAGACACAAAGGAGAAGAGAGUCAGAGAAGGCUGCACGCGGCGAGACAAAAUACACUCGAAAAGUCCCGGAGAGUGUUGGAGUAUAUUCAACAGUGUGAAGCCGAAGAUGAGAGGAAUCAAGCCUCCAAGAAAAGACGCAUCCAGGUAAGCUAACUGUUGCUAAUGCUAGCUAGCUCGUACAAAAUAAGUCCAGUGUACAACGUUUUAAUGAUUGCAAGCCAUUUCUAUAAGUACUAAAAUAUUUAGCCUGUGUGUGUGUGUGUGUUUCAGAUGCUACUCUCGUCACAACAUUUCCGCCGCAAACCAUCGGCCUGGGCGCACAACCGAUCCUCGGAAUGGUGGGAUGUGAUUGUUCCCGGCUUCACAAAUGAGCAGUGGGUGGAGAACUUCAGGAUGUCUGAAGAAACGUUUGGCUUCUUGACCAACAAACUGCGUCCAGUUUUGGAGCGGCAAGACACCAAUUUCCGCGGAUGUGUGCCCCUGAAGAAGAGAGUGGCCAUUGCACUGUGGAAGCUCGCUACUGGCUCCGAGUAUAGGAGUAUUGGACAUCUUUUUGGAGUGAGCAUCACAACUGUGUGCCGGUGUGUGCAGGAUUUUUGUGCUGCAGCAGAGACAUUGUUGGUGCCAGAACAAAUCCGUUAUCCAGACGAGGUGAAGUUCCGCGAAAUGGCUACCUACAUUGAGAACAGGUGGGGGCUCCCACACUGUGUUGGUGCGAUCGAUGGAUCCCACAUACCAAUCCUCGCACCACAGGACUACCAUUGUGACUUCUUCAACCGUAAAGGCUGGCACUCCAUCCUCCUUCAAGGUGUUGUCGAUGGAAAGGGGCUGUUUUGGAACGUGUUUGCUGGACUGGCAGGGAGCAUGCAUGAUGCCAGGGUUCUGAGAGUGUCCAAACUGUGGGAGUUAGCCAGCCGAGGGAACCACUUCCCAGCUCGCACCAGGAACAUUGGAGGGGUGACUGCUGGCUAUUACAUCCUAGGAGACUCAGCAUAUCCUUUGCAGAACUGGCUCUUGAAACCCUUCCAAGACACAGGACGACUUACAGCAGAACAGCAGAUGUUCAACAGAAAAUUCAGUAGAGUAAGGGUGGUUGUUGAAAACGCUUUUGGCCGGCUUAAAGGAAGGUGGCGGUGCCUCCUGAAAAGGAACGACUCUGAUCUCCAACUGGUUAAGUCUAUGGUUAUGACUUGCUGUGCUCUGCACAACCUUUGUGAAAAUCAUGGAGAGACUUAUGAGACCGAGUUGACCGAGUUGGAUGUACAACCAGCAGAGCCUGGGGUGGCAGUGGCACAGGAUGUUGAGGGCAUCAAUGUACGGGAGGGUCUAAUGCAGUUCUUGUUGGCGAAUAAUUAACGUAAAUUAAUGUUAGAAUACAUUGUGAAUUUGCCAUGUAGGUAUACACAUCACAUUUUGUAUGUUGUGAAAACAUUAAACUUUUAUUCUUUUCA